UGACUUUGGCGGUCAGUGUUCUAUUAUGCCUGUCAUCAAGUCUACCUUACAAGACGUGCAUUCUAUAUUCUUGUGAUAGACAUGUAAAAAACGUUUGGAAGAAAAGGUUGACUCCACUCGAUUGGACGCAAAUGGGUCCAUAUAUGAAGAUUGGACAUACAAAGAAUACUUCCUUUACUGGAUGCAGUCUAUAAGCACUUACUGUGAUGAUACAACGCCUGUAGUAUUGGUUGCAACGCACAAAGAUAAAGUCAGUGAAGAAGGGAAGACAAAAUGUUUUUAUGACGAAUUAAUGGAAUGCUUACAAAGAGACUCUGAAUUAAAACGACACCUCUCACAGAAGCGAUACUUUCAGAUUCGAGUUCCGCCUCUGGAAGAAAUUGAAACAAAAAAGAUAGAGAAAGCCAUUGUAGAAGUUGCUGCUCAACAAACACGCUGGGGAGAAAGAGUUCCUGCCAAGUGGGCUAUGUUUGAAAUAUCUCUGUCAGAAAUGAAAACAGAAAAAAAGAUGAUGAGCAUUGAAGAACUAAAACAAAACAUUAAGACUGAACUUCCUGAAAAAGAUGAAGACUUGCGCAUCAUGCUGUCUUUCUUUCACGAGAUUGGAACGAUACUUUUUUCAAUGAAGAAGGGUUAA